CCUCCCCACGUGACACAUGAUAUAAAACUGGGGCAACAUUAGGAAUCUAGCAGAGGUGCCUUGAACUCCGAGAUAGUCAACUACAGCAUUACAUCAUAAUGAUUCGCUCCAGCACUGAGAUGUCGCUGUGUAUUCUGGCUCUCUACCUGUUGGCUUGUAUUCACUCUGGCAUAGAUGCAUAUCCAGCCAAACCUCUCAGUCCCCGGGAAGGUGCACCCCCUGAGGAGCUUGCCAAAUAUUAUUCUGCACUAAGACACUACAUCAACCUCAUUACAAGGCAGAGGUAUGGGAAAAGAGACACUCCAGAUACUGUAUUUUCAGAUGUGUUGUUGAGGGAGAGCACAGAAAGUAUUCCAGGAUCUAACUAUGUCAGAUAUGAAGAGCUGCCACUGUGGUGAUGUUGGAGAAGCUGUGAUUUCAAAGCUGUUGUUGUGUCUGCUACUCACAUGAAAUGAACUGUUGCAUGCAAUAUAUGUUGUGUAAUGCAGCUACUUUGGUCUGUAAUGUUGCCAUUGCUACUGUAUAUGAAAAUAUGAUUGAUAUGUAGGUCUAUCGACACACUGGCUCACCUGGCUCCACAUGCACCACCUUGACUGGGUUUGAUUUAGUUCAAUUGAUGGAGUAACAGUGCCCUCUACUGAUGAAGUGAGGCAAAUUCAUGUCUGCUGCCAAUGUUCCAUGUUGGAUAAAAAUUAUUGUAAUUUGAAUCCUCUGCAGUUUUGAAUUUAUUUCACUUGUUUUAUCAAGCCUGGUGGGAUAUAUCUGCACCCUGCCUUAAACCAGAUUGCUUGGUGCUGGUUGACAGAAAUAUUUAUUGAUCAUGUGUAUAUUAUAUCAAAGGUAAUAUUACUAAGCUCUAUAAUAUUAAUUCCUCGUGAAAUAAAUGUAUCACUUGGUAUGCAAUAAAAUGUAUUGUUAUGAUGAAGAUUUGCCAGAGCUGCAAAAGAAAUGUUACACACAACUGACAACAAUCUUC